UACAAUCUAUGUAAAGUAUGAAAGUGGCGGAUCGCAUUGAAGCUAUUACCGUGAUCAGAGUCGUGGUGAAAAUUGCAAACGUGAAUUAUUUAAGAAGACACAAUAUUGGGUGAAACGGGAAAUGGCAAUUGGAAAAUUGUUGAACGCCUGUCAAGUUUCUUAGAUAGAAAUGUAGCCCACGUAUGUCUUGUUGCUUCUCUAUAAAAUAUCGUCGAGCGGUGUGUUUCAGACAAGUAACGGUGAUUGUGAUUUUAUUUAUUCCAUGACUCCUCAACCUGGUAAUACGUUAGUGGAAAAUGACCGUAUUAGAAGCAGAAGAAGAGACAGAUGAACGGUCGAUCCCUCCAAGAAAAAAGUUUUGCCUGUCUCUGUCAGGACAUCGGAAUACCACCCCUAAGACUAUCUCUCAGCCCCCUCCUACUACUAGCAGAGGGGGCCUUUUUGAAAAACAAACCCUCUCUUACGCGAAUCCAGUGCACUUAUGCAUAACGGGAUCGCGUUAUGCACACAUCGGCGUAUACCAUCAAGCGGUCGGCCUAUCGUGGUGAAGGAAAAAUGUUAAACGGCUAUCGAAAUCAUCUGAGCAAUCAUCAAGAUCCCGGUUGCGACGUCAUGGGCGGCGGUUCUGAAGGAUUGAGAAUAGCGACAUUGUGCAAUCUUGGUAACACCUGUUUCUUAAAUAGUGUGAUUUACACUUUGCGUUUUGCACCAUCCUUUCUGCACAAUUUACACCAUCUCGCCACGGAUCUGUCCAAUUUGACUGACAAGCAAAUGCAAACCAAGAUUAAAUCCUCCUCAUUAGGUAGAACCGGAGUAUCCUUAACUUCAAGCGGUAGUCGAAGUUGGAGCAGCAAGGAUCUUUUAGCAUUAGCAGGUCCCACUGGAGAACUUAGCAAGCCUCGAAUACAGGUAGCUACAGAGAAGCUUCACGAAUUGUUUAUGGCUCUACGAGUCUUAGAAGCAAGAGAUAGCAGUGAACCUUUUCAACCGGACGCUUUUCUCCAGGCCCUCAGAGAAGUAAAUCCUAUAUUUGAGGGUAAUCAGCAGCAAGACGCACACGAGUUAUUAGUUUGCCUCUUAGACAACAUCAGAGAAACAUUUCAAUUACUGGUUAGGCAUAGAGAGAGUCAGUUUGGUCAGCCGAGUAAUGGAGGCGCUUUGGACUUUUCUUCGGAACGUGUGAACGAUGUACAAUCUGAAGGUAGUUCCGGUAAGCGAGGCGUUCGCAAGUCUUGGAAGAAGAAAAAAGUUUCAACCAAAGGAAGUUCGAUAUCCAUCAUCCAAGCAAACAUAAACGGCGACGCGGUACCUUCCAGACCGGUGGACAAUGGUUACUCGGAUUUUCCUGAGAGCAACGGUGACGUAGUCGCUCAACGACCAGAAAGCAAGAAGUGUUUUAUAUCAGAAGAUUUCGAAGGAGUCAGCCUCCUUCGCACAACGUGUCUCGAGUGCGAACACGUCACUGAGAGGAAGGAGACUUUCUGCGAUAUUUGCGUUCCGAUCGAUACAGAUCGAUCCAGCGAGAAGGAUGAGUCAGGAUCUCCAAUAGAUAGCAGUGAAGUAUACAAACGUGCUGUGGUGACUAGUGAGCUGCUGUGGGGAAGAGACAAGUAUUGGUGCGCACGCUGUCUACGCUACAAUGAAGCUCGUCGUGCCGUCUGCUUCCCAUCGCUACCCAGAUUGCUCGUCCUACAGCUCAAAAGAUUUUCCACAGCAGCCGGCUCUAUGGAGAAGAUCAACAACCACAUGCCGACACCCUUGACCCUUCAAUGCUUCUGCGAAGAGUGCAGCUCCGAUCAAUCACAACGUGUUGCAUCAGCACGAGAAAAGGACUCUCGGCACAUUUACAAGCUUUACUCCGUGAUCAUGCAUCAGGGGGCCACUAUGACAGCUGGGCACUACGUUGCCUACACGAGAAUCCCGGACGAGUCCGCUUCAUCCGAGUAUCUUCGAUGUGAUCGGGACGGAAAGCGACAGAAUUCUGGACAAAGUAAUUCCACGUCAAGCGCACCUGUCUCAGACCGAACACCUGGGAUACUCAAGUACUUCCGACCAAAGCCCAACGUUACUGAGAACAAGGAGCCGCUGGUAAAAAACGGCUGUCGCAGUAUGGAAUGCUGUGGCAUCCGUAGGGGUAAACAUUCCGGUACGUGGUUGGAAUGUGACGACGAGGCUGUCAGGGCAAUACACAUUCGAGAACUCGAGGAGAAGCUUGCACCAAAUCCUCGAAAUUCAGCGACCCCGUAUCUUCUCUUUUACGUGAGGUCCUCAGCGUAAGCAUUCCUUCUUACAUCUGUAUCAAACGUCUCAAUUUUAAUUUAAAACCUUCAAAAUACUUGCGCAAAGGCAAAAACGAUUUAAAAAUAUAUAUAUAUAUAUAUAUAUAUAUAUGUAUAAGAAGACAUCGUCCGUUGGUGUCAUGAAUGUCAAUUCAGGACAUUUUUCGAGUUCGCAAGAAAGAAAAGACGAAUGCAUGUAAACAGGUCCAACUUCGUGUAUCAUAGUGUAAUGCUUCGAGAUCGUAACAUAACGUAAUAAAAAUUGCAUAUUAACCCUGGAAUGCAUAUCGGAGCGACGCUUCGUCUUAAUGCAAAAUGUUUCUCAGUGUAUUUAAUGAAAAAAAAAAGGUGUAUGCAUUCUAGGAUUAAGGAUACCAGUAUUGAACUCGAAACAAUGAAUUGUGCGUUUGGCAUCCUGUCGCAAAAUAAAAUCGAUGGUGAGAGGGAAAACCGAAGGGAUUUAAUUUUCAUAAAUCACAACCCGUAUUACUUUGAUAUGAAAUCCCAUCAGAAUGGAUUCCACUCAGUCUAUUGUAAUAAAUCUUAAUAUUCGCUUCCAUAAA